AUGGCUCAAUCUGUUCCAUAAAUAAAAUGGCUUUCGCUUCAAGCGAAGUUAGCUCCGCUAACUUUCUCUCACUCAAGCAAUUUUAUUUAUGGGGUUUGGUUUUACCUCGAGAACUUCUGCACAGCAACAGCGGUUUAACUUUGGAGAUAACCAGAGGAACUGCUCCUCAGUGCGAUCAAGACUCUCAGGUCUUUACCCCUCAGCACAUCCCAAGGGAGAUGGACCCUCAGACGGAACACGCGCAGGAGCUGAGUCGGAAUAAAGCCGUGGCGGCAGCGAAGCCCGUCGAAGCCUGAACGCCUUAUUUACCCGUGCCCUGGCGAUCAAAAGGGAUUGAUCCAGCGAUUUCUGGGCCCGACACGUGGAUAAAUAUGGCGGCAGCUCUGGAGUUGGCUACCCCGUAGUGGACGUAAAGCGAUAUAGAUAAUUAAGAUUAAGAUUAAGGCUCAAUCUGUUCCUCUCACUGAUAUGCUUGUAGCAGUCGACAACAACUUGCCAUCAGCUAGCAUCAUCAGAGAUCCUUCAGGAAAUGCUUAUACCUUUUAUAAGUAUAAAGGCACGAUCGCAGAAAGGGCUUCUCUUGAAUGGAAUCCUUCAUCUCUUGCAAGAAAAUCAAAAUACUCACUCCCCCUCCUCCGUAAGUGAGCAAAACCAUUGGAAAAAUCUCUAUUUUUUGCCCAAAAAUCUACCCUCUGUGAUUAAAACAAAAUUUUUUUAAUAGAAAAAAUGUUUUAUAAAAAAAAAUUGAUAUAUAAGUGAUAAUUAGUAUAAUGAAAUCUCGAGCUAAUUCUGUUAAAUUUUGAACAAAUUGCGUUUUUAAAACAUAAAUUUAUAAAUUAAAUUAAUAUUUGCUUCCCAAUUGUUGCAAAUUAGGGUUUUUUUUACAAUUUCGAAAAAAACAUAAUUUCUAUAAAUUUAUAUAUAAAAAAAAAAAUAAACCACCCUCAGUGAGUGAACAAAUUUUUUUUUGUUCACUCACGGAGGGGGGAGUCAGCAAUAAGAGGAUCUCACCUUGUUAUUGUAAUGAAUCCUAAUGAUGAUAUCACAGAAAUGAUACAGCCAAAUAUCAUCCCAGCUAAUUUUUUCAAUAAAACAAGACUGACUGAUCAUGAUUUAACUCCAUUUAUGGAUGAUCACAAUGACCGCCUUACCCUUCACCGUGAUUUUAGAUUGGUUGUAUUGCUUACAGCUCCUGGAGUUCCUCAUUGUUUACAGAGAUAUAUUGAUGCAGGCGAUUUUAAGUUUAUCGAUAUAGUUUAA